UCCUCCUCUGGCUUUUGCCUCUCUUUCCUUUUAGGGUUUGGUUUUCUUCAGGUUUCCUCCUCCACCGGCAAGCCCUCUCCCAAUCCAACCAGAAUUCCUUCUCCUCUAGCCACAAAACCAAUUGGGAAUCCCACAAAAUAGAGGAUCCUCUCUCUUUGCCCCCAAAACCAUCACAAAGUGUCGUCGUGUUACAUCAACAAUGAAUAUAAUCUCAUCGGCUUCCGUCGUCUCCGUCGUCGUCACCUUUGAGAUUGAGAAUCUUCGCGUCCUCGGUCCCGGCUUGAAUCCUUUGGCUCCAAACUACUGCAUGGCCAAUCAUUCUCGCUAAGUCUCUCUUUCUCUUUCUCUCGCCCUUUUCUUCCUAAAUAUUGUUCUUCCGGUACUUUUGUUUUUUUUUUCCUACUUUUUUCCGCUGUCAUCUUUCCUACAAUUCAUGUAAAUCUUGGGUUCUGGGAUUUGAAUUCUGGGGUGAGAGUUGUUGUUGUAGUUGCGUAAAAGUGGGCUUGGUUUUUCUUUGUUGGUAUCAAAUCGUGCGUUUUUGGGUUGUGGAAGAAAUUGAAACCUUGCCCCUAGAGGCGGAGGUAAUGGGUACGCUCAGGCGGAGCUUGUCGCGGCGGCGGUCGUUUAGGUCCGGUGUGGAUAUGGAUGAUAGAGGAUGGACUAUGCUGCACAUUGGUUGUCGAAAGGGUGAUCUUGGACAGGUGAGGCGGCUUCUUGAUGAGGGAAUGGAUGUGAAUGCUGCUGCUUGGGGUCGCAAAUCAAAAGGGGUUACCCCUCUCCACCUAGCUGCUGAGGGUGGCCAUUUAGAUGUUAUGGAUGAAUUACUUGAGCGUGGAGCUAACAUUGAUGCCAGAACUAAGGGUGCUUGUGGCUGGACUCCGCUUCACAGUGCAGCCAAAGAGAGGAGGAGGGAAGCAGUGAAAUUUCUGGUAGAAAAUGGAGCAUUCUUGCCAGAUGACAUGUAUGAUUGUAGGUUUAACCCUCCACUCCAUUACUGCCCUGGUCUUGAGUGGGCUUAUGAGGAGAUGAAGCGUCUUCAGCUAGAAAGUGCAUCGUCAGGGGAGAGCUCGUGCAGCUCUGAAAGCUAAGUGUUGCUGCGGUAUUGUCACAAUUGGUUCGGUGAUUGGUCUUGUUAUAUCUAUGUAAAUAUAUAGCGCGCACAGAUAAAUAAGAUGCAAUAUGCCUCUGUGUCACCAUCUUGUGUUUGUUUGGUUGCUGCUGUCUUGCGUGAAGGAUGUUCAGGUGCUUUGUUAUGAUGGUUCUUAUAAAAGUUUGUGUUUUCGAACUUACUGUGGGUACUAUGAUGUUCGUCAGGGGAGUGCUCCGGUAGCUUUGGAAGCUAGUGAUCGUUUGGACUUGUCGCAUUCAGGUUGGGGAUUGGUUUGCUUAUAUAUAUUAUCUGUAUAUGCCGGUGCUGCUCAUAGAAGAAUCUCAUGGCUUCUGUGUCACCAUUUUAUGUAUGUUUGGUUCCUUAUGUUUUGUAUCCGAGAUGUUCGAGUGUAUUGUAUGAUUGGUACCUUCAACAAUACUGUUGUAUGAUAAUAAUAAUGAUGCCAACCUGUACCUU